AUGGUGGCUUUGGCGUGCGCAGCUAAUGGGGCCAAUAUGAUGGUUAGGUGCAUGAAGGGAGAGUCGGAACCAACGAUCAUAGCGAAACCUGCAGACAGUUCCAGGGCUGUCGGUGGCAUAUUCGUUUGCACGUUGUGGCUCGUGGAGCCGCCGCCCUCAAUCUCACAAACGUUGCGCAGUUUCCAAACGCGCGAGGAUCUUGAAAGCCUCCCCGACCUGACUGGGCCAGUUCCUCUCUUCGGCGGGCAAAUUGAGAUUGCGAAGAGUGUCUCAGCUCAGCUGGGGGUCGACUGGGAUGGAGAAUACCAAGUCGCGCUGAGGGAGGCUGCUUUGCGAUCUGGACACUCCUGUGCGUGUGUCCCGAAGGUCCUCGCAGAAAUCAUGGUCAGCCAGGGGCUAUCAAGCAACCGAGUUCUCCUCACGGCGGCGAGGAUAUGGCGAGGAUUGCCGCCUAACUUCACACCACACAUCCCGUCCGAUAACAACUUGGUAGGGAUUGUCUGCCCGCAGGUGACCAUACUGCUCAAUGUGCUCUUUGAACCGACAAAUGUUGCACAACACGGGUUGAAAGGGGGGCUGUUCAGCCUGUACCGGGGUUCAAUUCCCAUAAUUCCACGCGACCAGUUGUCCGGGUUUGUCUUCGCAGGAGAACCCACCUUUCGAAAGCCCAUCCGGGAUCUAGACGCGCUGCAGCAGAUACCCCAGGAAGACGACCUCAAGGAACAUCUAAUAUUCACAAUGGAGCCGGAGAAGACCGAGGCUGGCGUCACGGCCGCCAUCAUCUGCGGAUGGAUCUACGGCGAUCCCAUGUUUGAGAUAAACCCUUUCAACCUGCUCGCCGGCCUGGUGAGCGAGCGGCAUUUGGAAUAUAUGUCAUCGACAACCGGGACGCUCGUUAAGGAGGUGGAUGUCCGUCACAUGGGUAGCCGGGAGCUCCUCAGUUGCACCGGCGGCUUCAAGGUGCGGAAUGGGAACAUCAUCGUCAGGGCCGGCUCACGGACAGACUUACAAGUCCUAGCAGCAGGAUGCCAUUUUGGGCUCCGAAUCGUCAUGGUGGUAGAUGAGAAAGACGCAGCUCUCAUUAGGAACGUACAGACUCCGGCGGAGCCCGGAGAAGACGACCGUGCCGAGUGGAAUGCCUAG